CUUCAAAUCCUUUUGCUUUUAGCAGCCCCCUGUCCAAGAGCUACAAGACACCAGACUCCAGAGGGCUUUUGGCCAAAGCACUUCAGCAAACCCCAUUAAAAAAAAGUUGUAAAUUUUGAGUCUUCUUUCAUAUAAAGUCCCUCUGUUGUGACUUUCUUUUCUUUCUCAUCAUUCAUCAUCCUCUAUUUCUUCCUAGUUCCUCCAGAAAGCAAGAAAAAAUGGACCUCCAUGAAUGGGAAAUCCUCUCUGAUGAUGGGUUGCUUGAUUACAAAGAUGAUCAGAAGAAGAUUGUUUCAGCUAAGAGAAGUUCAGCUUCUGAUGCAAAGAUUGUGUUUGAUAUGAACUACUUCCUGUGUCCAUCAAUGGAUUCUUCCAAGCACAUCAGCCAACCACCAAGGUCUUCUUCAAGAUUGGUUAAACAACCGAUUCCUGUUCAUCUUCAAUUGGACUCACCAAUUGUCAAAAUCCCAGAUGAUGAUUCACUGGCACUGAAAGAAAAAGAUAAGGAGUCCAUGGCGAUCAGUGCUAUGCCAUCAGCCCUGAGUGAGAAGGAUCAGAAAGGAGCUGUGGAAGCAGAUCAAGACACUGUUACUCAAGUUUUCUUCAAGAAAAUGAAGGAAAAUGAAUUCGUCGACAUGAAAAUAGACUCACCCAGAUCAAGUAACAUAGGAACAAAGCCUCAAAUUGAUGUAGGGCAUUAUCAGUUUGAUGAUGGGGGUGAGGCAAAGGAGAACAUUGCAAACUCACCCAGAAUGAAUUUGAUGAACCAGAAAAGCAACAAAGAGAGUGGUGCAAACAAAGAUGAGAUGAAUUGGGAUGGAUCCAUGGGUGGGUUAAACAUAUUAAAGUGGAGUUUAAAUGGGAUUGGAGCCAUUUGCUCCUUUGGUGUUGCAGCUGCCACUAUUUGUAUUCUGUUUUAUGGAGGCAACCAACAAAAGCUGAGAAUCCAGAUCUAUACCCAUGAUAAGAAAUUAAAGGAAGCAGUUCAGCAAGCUAGUAGAUUAAAUGAAGCGAUCUCAGCAGCAAGAGGACUUCCACAGACAAGAGCUCACAUAACCGUUGGUGGACACUAUGAUGGGCUCUAAGGAAAGCUAAAAGUUGGCUCUGCCUUGAAGACAAACUCUAACACUAGAGAAUGAAUUGAGGUGGAUGUGCCAAAUCCCAGUUCUACCACUUUAUUCAAAGUUUACCAUGUCUGUACAUAGAAUUAUAGCUUUAAGAACAAAAAUAGGUUCAAGAAUCCUGCUUGGAUUAUAUUUGAUGGAUUUUAUGCCAAUACUGAGUGUUGUUCAACCAUGAAUUUUAAAAGGCUUGUUUGGUUUUGUUGGGUCUUCCAUAGUGGUCAGUCUGGAGAAGUACAAUAUUUACACAAUAUACAGUGGAAAUGAAAGAGAUUAUUUUAGCAAAACUUGUUGAAGCCUCAAUAUUUAAUGGUUAAAACACUAUUUCAAUCUGUA